AUGUCGAGAAGAAGUGAAAGAAGCGAAGUUAACGAAGUGCGAGCAUUUUUGAUGCAGGCAGCCGAUAGACUUUUGUCGUUGGAAACGACUUCAACACCUGGUAAGUCAAUAUAAUACAAUCUGUUUGAAAACCCUGUAUUGAUGUAUUCGACUAUUUAGUAAAGUUGUUUAUUCGUCAAGGGAGAGUCUUGUACUCUAAUGGUUAAUAUGAAAUUAAAUAUCCAUGUAUCAGGUUGAUCUUGAAAUGGACAAUAUAUACAGAUGGGUGCUCAUAGGCAGGGUUAUACAUAUAAAGUGAAGUACAAAUAAUUUUAAAAUGUGUUUAUAUAUUUCCCUAUUGAAACAAAGUUUACGUCACGUGUGACAGUUGAUAAUAUUUUUUGGUUUUCAUGUGAAACGGCUUUGAGGAUGAUGCUUUUCAAAUGGAAAAAAGUGUGCACAUCCUAUACUGCAGUCUAUAUCUAAUCAUAUUCUUUAAAGCAAUUUUAUGAUUUUUUUUUUUAAAUAAAAGACCUUUCCAUUAGACCUAUGGCACAGAAUAAAGACACGCAGAAGGUCGACUCCCGUAACCGCUUCCAUUGGCCUGGCCAGUGCACUUAUAAGAGGCAUUACCCCCCUGGAUGUCCGCCAUUUUGAAUAUUUUCAGGGUGGUAAAUGCCUCUCAAAUGCGCACUCUGCCCAUGGAAUCAGCAUUUUGAUGACGAAUUACAGUUACGCGAAAAUCAUAUGAAAAUCAUAGGGAAAACCAGGAAGUUGACCUUAUGUGUGUCUAAUAUUCUGUGCCUAUGGUAAACCUUGUUACUUAUUGUAAAGUAUAAAACUUUAUAUUACAUUAUACCUCAGGGGCCUUUUAUGGCAGGGUAUAAAGUGCUUUUUAUCAGGGAACUUACUGGGGGUGCAUACCUGAACCAAAUAAUGACUUGGCAGGGCAUUUUCCAAACAAAAAAGAAAAUAUUGGGGCCAAUUUAAGACUCAGACUUGGGACUUGUAUUUAAAAAAAAUCUAACUAUAACCAUACUGUGGGUCCUCAUUGAUGAUGAUAGCUGGAUUGAUAAACAAUUACAGGUACAUCCUGUUUGAUGACCAUAUAACGAAAAAGCACACCCUGUCGUGUCAAUUAGUUGUAUCUAUCCCAGCUCUUUUUUUAUAAUUUAUUCUGCUUGUGGGCAAUAUAAUAAUAACACAUCCUUUAACUCAACUGAAUGUCUUUAGCAAUACAUUAUCAUGGGUAUUUUAACUAAUUUUUGUCUGUAAUUAACUUUAUAAAAAAUAUUUAUAAUCUGUUUUAUAUGUAAAUGAUUUACAGUAAGUAAUUUUUAUUUAGCUAAUCAAUCUACAAGUGGUAACACUAUACCAAGUAAUCAAUCCCAAAAUGCUGUUAUUGGCCAAUCAUCAUGCCAGUCACCUAGAGCACCUAUGCAACCAGGCCAACGUGCUGUUACUCAAAGUGUUCCGUCAGUUUCUGCUCUUGUAGAACAGAGAAGGCUUUUUAAUUUUGGUAGAAGAUCACAAUCACCAAAUACAGCUGCCAAGCCAAGUAAAAAGAAAAAACUACCCACCUGCACCCUCAAAUUUAUGUGCCUUGCAUCAAAAGAUGGCCAGCGCCCACCAACUUCAGUCAGGGAACGAACAGAAUUAGCAAAUGCUGGAUUAGGAGACAAGAGUAUUACAUUCACACAAAAUGGCGAGUCUGUUUACAGGUUACUAUUGGAAAAAUUCCCAAAGCUGGAAAAUGCUGGAGGGUUUGAUUUAUCACUGUUUCAAAGAAGUGUAGGUGAUGAUUGCGGUUUUCACACCAUAAGCCCACCACAUACUCCUACUAGACUUAAAGACAUUUGUGGCCAAGCAAAAAUCUACAUUAGACCUCUUCAACAAGAUAUUGAUCUUGAAGUGAGAAAUGUGGAAAUAGAUCAUUCCGCUGAGGUAUAUUAUAUUUUUAUAUAUAUUUAAAAAACUCAUUAAUAAUUCAUAUAUAUAUAUAUAUAUAUAUUCUAUUUGGAGGAUGUAACUCUGUUGGAGAAGGUUCACACAAAUCCCUGCAAACUGGUGAACCAUUAAUUCCAUAGGCAGAGAAACUUCUGGCCAUCCCAAUAUCCCGGCUUGGUUUACCCAUUAAGCUCCACUGAGCUUCCCCAUUGACAAGUAAAAUCGUCUGGCGUUUGGCAAGAAAAGAAAAUAACUAGGGUGUACUGGGGCGCAUUGCCAGUUAAUGGGUUAAUAUAAAUGAUGCCAAGAAUUACUCUCUCCAACAGCACCCUUCACCAUGACUGGAGAAGGGAUUUGAGGCAUCAGUGACCCCCUUCAAAUGCGUUUCCCAACCCCCACACAGACGCAAAGAGGGAGGGGGUUUUAUGGUUUUGCAAACAUGGGAGCCAACAUGAGCUGGCCUCUAAUGAACCACAAUGGCGGCCUGUGAAGCAUGGUCAAAGAAUUCGAAGCUAUAGCUGUUUGAUUUGGCUUAACCAUGGGCCGUUUUGGGACACCAACACAGUCAAACAAUGUAGGUGUUGCACGAAGGCCAAUGAAAAAUUUGGUUUAGUUGCAAAACUUGUCGUGGGAAACCGGCACUAUUUAAUUGUGACAACCAAACUGCUGUUGAAGACGACCCAAUGUUGACAUGCUGGCUGUUGCCGCUACCUAAGGAAUUACCACUAGAAGGGAUGCCAAAAAGACGUAUGCACAUUGGACCUGUUGACGGAUGAUCUUAAUAUGAAACAUGCAAGACUAUAUUAUUUGUUAAACUCGGCCUAAAUUUGAAGACUUCUUUAUCGUAUGGAGGCAGAAAAAAAGUGGACUAUUAGCCUAAAUUGUGGUCUAUUGCCAAUAUAGGAGCCAGCCAAUACACUUUUUAAAGGUUAAAGAUGCAUUAAUGAAAACAGUAGUGCCAGGGGUGCAAACAAAAUGGAAUUCCCUAUGGAUAUCAGCCACCCCCCACACUUGUGAUUGAUAUCAAUGAAUUUAAUUGCAUAAAUUUAUUUACAUUAGUAUUGUUGAUAGAUGUGUUAUCAAGGAUGUUAUUCAAUAAGAACCAGUUAUAAUUAAUGUUUUCUGCUAUAGGGCCGAAGUGAUAUUCCUCUUCUUGAAUGCUUUACAUGUGGAGUUUUUGUAAGAAUGAAUCAAAUGGGGGCACAUCAGCUACUGCAUUCCAGUAGUAGUAAUACAGCAGAGGAAGUCAGUGGAAACAAAGUAUGUCAACAUAUUGUAAAUUAUAAACUGUAUUCACAGUUAGCACUUGCUGACUACAAACUGUAAACAGUUGUCUAGAAAACUAAGACCUAAUGUAAGACCUAAGACCUCAAAAACUAUAUAAUGUCUGCUACGCGUCGUAUUUAAUAUGUGAUAAAACACUCCUACGCGUGCUUUAAAUAGUACAUAUAUCCUAUUUUUAUAAUUACAGAGGCAGAUAACUUUGAGGGGGGUAAUGGGGUAUUUUCGUGCUGCGUAUUGGGGUAAUUUAAUUAUUCGUUCUUCGUUCAGUCAUCUUUUUAUUAAACGUUUUUCGAUCCCGACAUGGAUGCCGUGUGUCGUGCUUGCGGUGUAUUCAAUAUCCGUUCUCCGUUUUCAGCUGUAUUUAAAGACGGGGCUAAAAAUUGCAGAAUACCCGUCCACUUUUGAAGGUAUCCCUUGUUAUCAUGAUACGAUGAUACGAAGUGAGAAUGAUUACGUAAUAACUAUAUGACCGCGCUAUUAUAAAAGCCUGGGUAACCUAUAUUAUUGCGUGAUACGAUGAUAUGAAGUGAAAUAGCACGUAUACAGUAUAUGUGUGUGCCUCGUUCUUUGAAAGACAUGUAUAUCUCUUUGUCUCGUUCUUUGAAAACCUUACCCGUAGGCCAUAUCUAAUUAUUUACAAAUAUAUUUUUGGUUGUCACCCAAUAAUAUAUAUCUUACCCUUGCUUUUAUAAUAGAGCGGUUAUAUAUAUACCUAUUACGUAAGCAUUUUCACUGCGUAUCACUGUAUCAGCCAAAAAUAUAGCUUACCCAGACUUUUAUAAUAGCGCAGUUAUAUAGUUAUUACGUAAUCAUUUUCACUUCGUAUCAUCGUAUCAGCCAAAAAUAUAGCUUACCCAGACUUUUAUAAUAGCGCAAAUAUAUAGUUAUUACGUAAUCAUUUCCACUUCGUAUCAUCGUAUCAUGCUAACAGGUGAGGUCUUCAAAAGUGGACGGGUAUUCUGCAAUCGCUCCUUAUAUAAAUCAUGAACAUCGACGCAAUUGUAAACAAAUAGGUGAACACACCGCCUAGUACAGACUGUUUAUAUUCACCUUUAAGACUUCUAAGUAUGAUUGUUCAUUAUUUGUUCCUUACAUUUCAUGUUCACUUUACAUAUCAGAUUCGUAAUAAAUUUAUUUUACGUGCUUCAGGACUUCCUUCUUUUAUUUUUCAUGCUUCAAGAUCGCUGCAUAUUAUUUUUCGUGCUUCAGGAUCGGUACCCCGCCAUUACCCCCCUCAACUUUGGAAGAAAUCAUUGCUGCAAGACCUAUAACUGAUUCUAGCAGGUAUUAUUAAUAAUAGUAGCAAAUUAACAGGUUGAUAAAUUGGCAAGAUUUUGUUAUGAUCCUUAUUAUUAUUUGAUCAUUGAGUGUCACUUAAUAAUAGUAUACCCAAUGUUCCACUAAUGAGUAAAAUCAACUGGCAAUAGACAGAGUCGAAUACUAAAGUGGAAAGAUUGUUUUGUUUUGUUGUACUUGUACUCUAAAUUCUACGCAUUAUGCAUGCAUAGUAAAAUAUUUAUGUGUGAAAGAAAAUAUAUUUUGAAAAUAUUAAUUUUUAAACUUUUAAAUAUGUCAUAUUCAUUGUAGCCCAUCAACCAGUACUGCAGUGAUUCAGCCAACUGAAAUUUCGCAGAACGUUGUUUUGUUACAAGAUUUGUGCCCUGGUGCCACUCAUGCAGAAAUCCAUGAUGCUUUGUCAACAUCUUUUGGUGAUGUUAACGAAGCUGCUGAACAUCUAUUAUCAGGUUAUACUGUUUACUUGUCUUCAAACUAAAAUAUCAUUUGAUUCAUUUUAAAAAUAUGUACAGUAUGAAGAAAAUAUUCACAUUUGGGUGACUAUUAUUAACCCAUAACUUUCGCAAGUGAACCAGAAAACCUUUUAAAUGUAACAGCUGUUAUACCUAGCUGCCAGACUGCAAGAUUGGUAUGAAGUAAUUUGAUUAACCCAUUAACUGGCAAUGCACCCUACUUUAUUAUUUACUCUGCCUAACGCCAGACGAUUCUACUCGUCAGUGGUAGAGUACUGCCAGUAAAUGUCAUUUAUUUAUAUUUAUUGACAGAGGAUACAUCUGCCUCUGUUGGUUCAAACAAAGAUUCAAGUGGUGAUGAUCUACAAUUAUUAAGACCUGUAUUUGACAAUAUGGAACAUACUCCAACCUCACCAAGAGAUGCUUUAAAGCAGUUCGUCCAAAAAAACAUAGAUGAGGAGAGUCCAACACAGCGUUUGUGUGUUAGCAGAAUGGACGGAGUUUCUGAAAUGAGGAGAGAUAUACUUGGCAUUUAUAAAAAUCCUAAAACUAAGCUGAAAGUAAUACCUAAAGUUCGUUUUGAAGAUGAAGGCGCUGUUGGUUCUGGGCCUGUCAGAGAGUUCCUUUCCAAUGCUAUGAAAAUUAUAGAAGAAGGGAUACCAUCUUCCACAUCCAAACCUCUUGUCUUUUUAGAAGGUGAGAAAGACCACUUACUUCCUGUGCAUGACCAAACACUCCGCCUCACUGGUGCAUUCAAAGCUCUUGGGAGAAUUAUCGGCCACUCAGUCUUGCAUGGAGAUCCUGGUUUAUGUGGAUUGUCACCAGCGGCAAAGCAUUACAUCACAUCCAGCAAAGAAGAAAACAUCGAAGAUGAAUUGCAUAUUACACUAUUAGAUGUUCCUGAUGUGGAUCUAAGGACCCUUAUAACAGAGGUACCGUAUUCUAGCCACAAAAAGAAAAGAAAUGCGCCUCACUUGGCACUAUACUACCCACUCUAUCAACUUCCCGACGAAGGGCCUUCGCUCAAAACGUCAAUGUUUUGCUUGUGUGUAUAUAUAUAUUUAGUAUAAUUACAUAGGUGAUUAUUGAAAAUUCUCCACGCUGAUUGGUUGCUGUUGAGGUGAUUAUUACGCGAUAAUCACCUAAGCGAUUUUCAAAAUGGCGGCCGAAGCCGUUUUGUCAAUUAAAUGACAAAGAAAUGUGUAUUUUCUUAUUUUUUCCAAAUAAUCACCUAUGAAAUUAUACUAAAACAAUUAUUCACCUCAGGCUCGGUGAUUAUAGUGAAUAAAAACCUCGACUUCGUCUCGGUUUUUAUUCACCGAUAAUCACCUCGCCUUCGGCGAAUAAUUGUUAAAUAUAUUGUGUUUAUAUGGAAGCUGCUUCCCUUAUAUUUCUUACAAAUCUUCCACAAUGAGGAAUUUACCUUUGCAAAAUUCAUACUGUUCUCACAAAAACUUUGACAUCUUAUAUGCCAAUAUACUGUGCAUGGGAUUAUACGGUCAUUUAUAUAGAUUUAUUACAUCCAUCUACAAUACUAAAGGCUAGUACAAUGCUUACAGUAUAUGCCUAUUACAGCAAUACAUCAUUCUCGAAACACUUUUCUUAUUCAGCUGGAACAAUUACCAAAUAACAAUAAUCCUCCAACAGAGUUAAGAUGUGAACUUGAACCAUACAUGUACGAAGCUGGCCUGGACCCUGAUAACCUUGCCAAGCAGCCAAAAGUGAUUGUUCAUGGAUUGAUGGUUUAUCAAGUAUUGGAUAAAAGGCAUUUAGAACUUGAUGACUUAGCAACUGGUAACCAUUUGCUUAUUCAAACACAGAUGAGCCUGGUGUUCUGAUUUUAUUUUAUUUUCGUUAACAUUUAUUCUAUUAUAUUUUUUUAAUUAUUGGACUUUUUCCCUAAACUCUAGGUAUGGACGUUGUAUCACUGACUACUUUCCUAAAACAGAACCAUAUAUUGACAGCCGUCGUAUUUCCUUUGGAGGCUGCGAGAUAUGUUCCAGCUUCUGACGUCAUACCUCAAGUCAACUUUGAAGGGAGAGAUUCAAACGAAAACACAAACAGAACUGCUGACUUCUUUCUUAAGUAUAUAAAUGAAAUGGACCAAAGGACAGCUGGUAAGCAAACACCUUGAUAGGAAAUUAAUUGUUAAUUUCGUACACCUUGCAUUCCAGACUUAACAGUAAGGUGAAUUGUUUUAGAUUGUGGACAAAUGGUUGAUCUCCUCUCAUUCUGGACUGGAUGCAGCACAAUCCGUCAAGAACAAGAUAGUCUUUCUGUUACAUUUGAUGGUGGGGUGAAUGUGUUACCUUUGACGUUGGAGACCUGUUUCAAAAAGAUAAUACUGCCUGAAAAGCACACCGUGUAUGAAGAUUUCAAGAAAAACAUGGACAUAGCAUUACUUUAUGGUUGCAAUGGUUUCACUUUCACUUGA